AAAAAAAACCCACACAACACAAAGAAAGGCCAAGAGAGUGUAAGCUAAAGCCAAAGCCUUUGUUAUUCCAACAACACCAACUCUUCUCUCUCUCCCUCUCACUCUCUCUCCGUUUGUUGUUUGUUCUCUGAUGAUCCAUCUAAAAACCCUAAUCCCCUUUGUUUCCAUUUCUGGUUCAAUGUAUAUUUUAUAAAACAAUUUUCAGAAUAUAUAUUUUAAUUGACUCCGAUUUUGAUCCUAUCCGGUUUUUCUCAAACUGGGGCACUCAUAAAAACGCUUGAUCACAUUUCUCCUUAUGUAAAUUCUACAUUUUUAAUUUAUUUUUUUUAAUUUUCCGGCUUCUAUAAAAAACGAGAUUCUCCUCAUUUUUUUGGUCAAAAAAAUCACUUUUUUUUUGCUUAAACUUGUUGAGGGUUUUUGUGUGAGUGCCUCUGAGUUUCACUAUGGCUGCUGCGGUUGUUUCUGGUGACAUUUCAACUGAUGCCAACAAAAUGGACUCAAAACCAAAAGCUGAAUCUGAAUUCAGUGUUCAGAAGCUGGUUGACAUGUUCACGAAGCUGAAUCCUCUGGCUAAGGAGUUUUUUCCUUCAUCUUAUGGUCCUAGCAAUGAUCAUCGUCGUCAGGGGUAUAAUAUCGUGAGACCAAACAAUUUUUUGGUCAACACUAAGGCAUCACCUAAUGAUGAUCAUCAUAACAAUCGAAGGAGAAGAAACAACUUUACUCAAGGGAGGAGAAGGUUGAACGGAAGGUCGCUGAAGGCUCAGAGAGAAGACAGCGUUAGGAGAACAGUUUAUGUUUCUGAUAUCGAUCAGCAUGUUACUGAGGAGCGGCUUGCAGCCUUAUUCACCAACUGUGGACAAGUGAUUGAUUGCCGAAUCUGUGGUGAUCCACAUUCAGUUCUUCGAUUUGCUUUUGUCGAGUUUGCUGAUGAGCAUGGUGCAAGGGCAGCUCUAACCCUUGGUGGUACUGUGCUUGGAUACUAUCCAGUGAGGGUCCUACCUUCCAAAACUGCUAUCCUUCCUGUGAAUCCUACAUUCCUCCCUAGGUCGGAUGAUGAGCGGGAAAUGUGUACCAGGACUGUCUAUUGUACAAACAUUGACAAGAAGAUUUCUCAAGCUGAAGUGAAGAGUUUUUUUGAGUCAUCCUGUGGGGGCGAGGUUACGCGCUUGAGGCUUUUGGGGGACCAGGUGCAUUCAACUCGAAUUGCUUUUGUGGAAUUUGCAAUAGCAGAAAGUGCCAUCCUUGCACUAAACUGUAGCGGCAUGCUCUUGGGAACCCAGCAAAUCAGGGUAAGUCCUUCCAAGACUCCAGUGAGGCCAAGGGUCACUCGUCCAGUAUCGCGUUAACCGAUCGGACAUUGUCCUACCUAAACUUGAGAGGGUAUUUAGUCGACUUUCCGGUUGAGACUUUUGCAUGGAAGGGGCAGUGAAAUUGCCGUUUGUUUCUGUAUUUCCAUCUUUUUCUGUUACAACUGUUGUUACUUUUUUGUUACCAGAGCUAGCCAGAGCCGUUAGAUUUUCUGCUCUAACUAAACUUUCUAGGUACACCAGUGUUGGUCUUGAACUAUUUUACCAUCAUGUUUACAUUGAAGUUAUCUAGUUUCAGUUACUUGGCUAUUUGGAGCCAGUACUAA